GAGCUGUCAGGGGGAGGAGGACGGACUUCCGGCGGUGCCAUUUUGCGCUACCCGGUGCUCGGUUGUUUGAGGGUGGUGUAAUUUAGGACGGAAGUUUGGUUACGACCACAUCUGGACCCACUACUCGAAGACCCUGACAGUUAUGCUAUAUGGCCCUGAGUCCUGGAAUACCAGUCUAUGAAGAAUUCAAAUUGUCAUAUACUCAGAGGGCAAAGGAGAGGUGCAUGAUGGGCAUGAGUAUAGACACUUAUCCAUGACCAGCGAAGAAAUUCCCGGGAGAAACAGCAUAAGGGAUGUCGUCAGGGAUCUGUACAAUGAGGAAAGGAGGAGGGGUUCUCGUUUCCAGACCUGAUGUGGUCUCCACUCUGGUUUGAGGGGAAAUGCCUUAUGUCCAGUACAUACAGGGACCUGAGGACGGAGAGUUCUAACAAUGUGAGCCCUGCCCAGGUUCUUACCCUCUGCCCAGAUGGGGAAUGCAGGCCAUUUGAAGAUGGCAGCCAUGUCCCCAGCAGCCAAGUCUCAGGUGGUAGCACUGAGUUCUGGGAGAACUCUGCGUUUUUAGCCCAAACCAUCGUCCCCCAGCUUCCUCUCUCAUUAGAAGGGUUUCCAGUCUCAAAACCUGAUCUGACCUCCCAGAUGGAUCCAGGCGAAAGGCUGUGUAUCCAAAAUCUUCAAGGGAUGGAGGAGGACAAAGAGAUCCUGAAUGGUGCUUAUCCAGGCUACGGGAUUGAGACGGAAAACAAGGAGGUUGUUCCAAAGCAGGAAAUUUCCGAAGAAGAUGAAUUCAAGGGCAUGUUGUGGGCGGGCCUGCAAAGGACUGUUCCCCAAGACCCCGAAUUUGAAGAAGGCUGUGACUCUAAGGACACCUUAGAGGAGCAGAAGGAAAGCAUAGUGCUGAUGAGACUAAGCCAGUCUCCCCCUGCCCAAGAGAGUGGUUUCAGUCCCCUGUCUCUCUCCCAAGGGAGUAUCCCUAAAGAAGAGGGAGGACAUGAAUUUACCAUGUGGAAAGAAAGUUAUGAUCUGAGCUCAGUCCCUGUUGCGAGUUAUAUAGAAACGAUAGGAGAAGGAUCCCAGAGAUGUGAUUUAUAUGACAAAAGCUUUGAACAGGAUUCAGAGCUUCUAACACAGCAGAAUGUAAAUAGUGAAAAAAAGCCCUAUGAAUGUAGUGAAUGUGACAAAGCCUUUAGCCGGCGUUCGUACUUUAUUGAGCAUCAGAGGAUUCAUAGUGGGGAGAAGCCGUAUGAUUGUAGUGAAUGUGGCAAAGCCUUCAGGUGGUAUUCAGAUGUCGUGUCACAUCAAAGAAUUCACCGUGGAGAAAAACCUUACCAGUGUAAUGAUUGUGGCAAAGCCUUCAGGAAAAGCUCAGACCUUAUCCAGCAUCAGAGGGUUCAUAGUGGGGAGAAGCCCUAUGAAUGUAGUCAUUGUGGCAAAGUCUUUGGUCGCAGCUCUAGCCUUAUUCGCCAUCAAAGAAUUCAUAGUGGCGAGAAACCCUAUGAAUGUAACGCUUGUGGGAAGGCCUUCAGAGAUAUCUCUACCUUUAUUAAUCAUCAGAAAAUUCAUAGUGGCGAGAAACCCUAUGAAUGCGACGAAUGUGGCAAAGCCUUCAGUCGCAGCUCCAGCCUGAUUGAACAUCAGAGAAUCCAUAGUGGAGAGAAACCUUAUGAGUGUAACGAAUGUGGCAAAGCCUUCAGGUGGUGUUCAGACCUGGUUCCACAUCUCAGAAUUCAUAGUGGGGAGAAACCUUUUGAAUGUAACGAAUGUAAGAAAUCCUUUAGGAAGAGCUCAGAUCUCAUUUUGCACCAGAGGAUUCAUAGUGGAGAAAAGCCCUAUGAAUGUAAUCAGUGUGGCAAAGCCUUCAGGAAGAGAUCCGAUCUUAUUCAGCACCAUAGGAUUCAUAGUGGAGAGAAACCUUUUAAAUGUAAUGAAUGUGAGAAAGCUUUUAGGACACGGUCAGACCUUGUUCAGCAUCUGAGGAUUCAUAGUGAUGAGAAACCUUAUGAAUGUAAUGAAUGUGGCAAAGCCUUCAGGCAGAACUCAGACCUUAUUCAGCACCAGAGAAUUCAUAGUGGAGAAAAGCCCUAUGAGUGCAACAAGUGUGACAAAGUCUUCUGUCGAAAUUCAAGCCUCAUUCGACAUCAGAGGACUCACAGCAGAGAUUGAUUUUCGGGAUGUUAUUAUCCCCUGUCCGUGCUAGGGACUUUGAGGACAGGGCUUCAGUCUCUAUGACUUCUUCUCGUAGCAGAUCAUAAAGGUCAUUUGCCUGAUGGAUCAAUAUUAGAGAGCGAGGGAACAAGACGAUCGAAAAUUCAUGUUUACCGAGAAUCACCUCUGGCUUUAUUAGCUUUCAGAAUGGGCCUCUUAGGUCAGGGACCAAAAUGGAAGGGGAUGCAUAGACAGCCCCGGUAAUUUCCUAGACACGUCAUUUGUGCGGGCUGCUGCAUUCAAAGGGUAAAGAUGGGGGGGAGGGUCUUCUUUUUCAUCCACGGUCUGUCCCUUCAUCCUCUUCGGCACCUCUCUUCCAUCAUGAUGGUUUGGGUUUGGGUUUUUUACAGUUUGCUACCGUCCUUAGCCAUCCAUUUAGAGCACAUGGAUUUGUUUUAUUAGAGCAUAGGGAGCACCGGUCUGUGAGCUGUACAUAGGCAGGAACUUGUGGAGUUCAGAGUCCAAUCUCAAGGAUGAUUUCCUGCUCUCCAGAUGAGCAGAACUAAUAGGUCUCCCAGUCCUUGAGGGAAAUGAGAGCAUUCUUUUGAACACCCUCGAUCCUAACACAUAAACACAUGUACUUUCUGAUGGAAAUAACCCCACAGUCAACUAACUCACCCUUUCUGUCGCCCACGUCCAGAAUUCUUUUCUAGGCAUCCAGCCCCACUUAAGUUUUUGCUUAAAAUCUUGGCUCCUGACUUGAUUAAGUAUCUGCUUUUGCAUUAAACAUGCACGGGAUGAUGUGUAUCUGUGGAGAAGAAGGUAGUGGUGGGCCCACACAAUCUGGGUUCAUUUGGGUUCAGGGAGAAGGAAGUAGGGCAGCUGGAGCUGAGUCUGGGGAGAGCCCGCUGCAAGGGGGUAGGGAGGAUGCCCAAAGCACAGUAGUAGGUGGGGAAGAGUGUCCCCUGGCCUGGAAUAGGAAGCUCCUCCCAUUAAGGCCCGACUUGUACCACGUCCAGGAAGCUUCCCUUAGCGAGCUUUGCUUUGGAUGCACCAUGUGCUGUGCUUGCACUUCGCCUUUGCGCUUGGUUCACUCCCCCUUGUAUGGUUUUUGUGGUAUUUGUGUCCUCAUUGAUAUUGUAAACUCCUUGAGUAGGGUCUGGAUUGUGUAUCUUUGUAUUUCCUAGUGCCGAGCACAGGACCUUGCACAUAGUAGGUGCUUAAUUAGCGAUGGUUGAUUUUUUAAUAAAGGCAAGACUACUGAUAGGUGUGGGAUAGAAUCAUAGAAUUUUAAAGCUGGAAGGGACCUUAGAGAUAACUCAGUCAUGUUAUUUUAUAGAGAGCAAAACAAAGUGCCGGGCCGUGGAGUCCCGGGCUCCUGACUGUAGCGCCCCUUAAUAAAAAGAACAACCUGAAAAAUCAUGCCUCUACCACCUGCUAGUGUGGACAGGUCACUUCAACUCUGAGCCUCAGUUUCCUAAUCUGCAACCAUGGAUAUAAUACAUGUGGUACAUUUUUUAAGGAUCAAAUAUUUAAAGUACUUGGAAAAGAGCUGGGACUCUGGUGGACCAGGACCCUUGUUCGAUAAUUGACACACUGAGGUCUUGAGCAAAUCACAUUUGGCCCCUUAGUUUUGCCCUGUAUAAAAUGAAGGAUUUGGCAUUGAUCUCGAAUUUAGCUUUAAGCUCUAAAAGAUAAUCGGAGGCAAUUCUAAAAGAUAAUUAGAGCCUAAGUGGAACCUGGGCUGCCCAGGUAUGUAAGAAAAGGCUACAUGAUGAGGGAAAGUCAAGUAGAACCAGCUGGAUCUGGAAAGGAGUAGAGUGGAAUGAACCUUCAACAGAGAAUCAUGGUACCUGUAUUUAAGUGUGGCCUAAACCACUUUCUUGCUUAUGUGAAAAUAUCUUUGCCUCUCUGAGCCUCAGUCUCCUUAUCUGGGGAUAACACUUACCCACCUCACAGGGUUGUUGUGAGGAAAAUGUUUUG